AAUAAUCUCCAAGAAAGAAAAGUCGAAAUGAAACAAGAUUGUGUAGAAAUAUACAAUUGAUCAAGUGACUUUAACAGGUCCAACGAUUAGAGAUAAUUAUUAGAUGUACAUAAUGUAUUUUUCUAAUAAUGACGAUUUAGGAUAAAGUAGUGUUCAACUAAUUUAGUUGAAAAAACCUUGUUACCAAAAAUAAUUUGACUGUGUUCAAGAAGACAAAAUGACAACUGACCUGUCAAAAGUGCCACUUGUUGCUUUGUCUGUGAAAACUAAAGAAGUUAUUUCAACAUUACUAAAUCCUCCAAAAGUAAUACCAACUGAAAAUGGUUUGCCAAGAGAUUGGAGAGGUCUUGCACAUUCAUCCAACUUGAGUGGUGAAAUAUUACCAUUGUUAAUGUCGCAUUCUGAUCCAUCCGCAUAUAUUUUAUCGAUUUGGCAAGAAAGGCAGAAGGAUGUUACACUUAAGGAUUUACAAACAGCAUUAGAAGAAAUUGAUAGAUGGGACAUUAUAGAUGAUACAUCUGAAUUGUUUGAAAAAGAUGCUGCUAAAUAUUUGUCGUCUGAGAACUCGGCUGAAGUCAUAGAAAAUGAAAUUGAUAAAAAAAUUUUGACUGUAGAUGAUAUUUAUAGGGUCAGGCAAGGAUUACAAAAUCAAUAUUAUGAUGCUUUUUUACUGUAUGCGGAUGAGGAUGAGAACUUUGCUUUGAUGACAGUAGAGAAAUUAGAGAAACAAUAUAAUUUGAAGCUUUGUUUGAAAGAUCGAGAUUUAAUUGGUGGAAUUACAUUUGAACAUCAAGCUGUAAUGACAUUAAUAUCAGAACGUUGUAACAGAUUAAUUGUUAUAGUAUCACCUAAUUUUCUUAAAAGUCCAGCAAAUGAUUUCUUUUUAUCCUAUGCUCAAGGAUCUGGCAUUUGUAAAGGUCAACGGAAAAUCAUACCAUGUUUGUAUGGACAGUGUGAAUUACCACGACAAUUGAACUACAUGUUUGUACUCGAUUAUAAACGGUGUUUAUAUAAUUUCUGGGAACGGUUACGAGAUUCUGUAAAAACUGUAAAUGGUGUAAACACAGAAAAGGAAUUGCAAUUAUUUACUGAAAAUGAGGCUAUUUUUAGAACUGUUAAGACAAAUAUCAAAUACCAAACCGAAGAAAAUCCAAAAUGUUUAACACCAUUGAAGGAAGAUGAAGUAUUAAAAGACGUCAAUGAAUCACUUGUAACAGUGGAAACACCAAAUAAUUCUAAAUUAGAUAAUGUACAAGAUAAAAAUAAGAAACGCAUGAACUUCAUGCCACUAUGGCGAAAAUGGAUUCGAAAAGUAGACUAUGAUAAAAGAAAAUACACCAUCACGAAAACAAUAAGUUUACCAUCUCUUGAAAACUUACCCUCACUUAAUACAUCGAUAGAUUCGAUACAAAAGAAACAAAAAUCAAAAAUAAGCAGAUACUUGAAAAAAGUGCCUCUUCGAUCGUAAUAAUUUUAUAUUUGUCUGAAUUAUGAUAUUACUAUUAAUUGCAAUAAUUAAGUGUAAUAUUUAGUAAAUAAG